GACGUUUUCGCAUGUUGCACAACCCGGCGGAAAGAAGAAUCCUAUUUUUGGAUACAAAAGCUUAUAAAAUAGUACUUGUUGACGUGUCAAGUUCAUUGCUUAGUAUAUUUAGAAGUUAUAAAUAUUUGUUGAUUGUUAAAUUUCAGUUUAAGUAAUAAAAUCAGUUUUAUAAUGGAGUCUAGUGAAAAUCUUUGCUUGGUUUGCCAUGAGCACAUAGAAAUUUUCGCCAUUGGCAGGUGUGACCACCCGAUUUGCUUCAAAUGUUCCACGAGAAUGAGGGCACUGUGUGAGCAGUUUUACUGUCCAAUUUGUAGGACAGAUUUACCAGAGGUUUUCUUCCUAAAAACUUUGGAGAAGUUCGGUGAGAUGCCAAUGAGGAAGUUCAUCAUGAAUAGAAAGUUGAAAAUACAAUUUGAAGACGAGUCUGUACGGGACAGAUUUGAAGAGCUGUUAGAACACCGGUGCACCAAAUGUCCAGACCGCUAUCCAGAAAGAAACUUUAAAGCCCUGAGAGAUCAUAUGAGACGUGUGCACACUUUAUUCUACUGUGACCUUUGCCUAGAAUUAAAAAUAUUCAGUAGUGAACGCAAAGCAUACAACAGACAUGAUCUAGCAGCUCAUCGUCGGGUGGGCGACAAGGAUGAUAAGUCAUACAAAGGUCACCCAUUGUGUCAGUUUUGUGAAGAGAGAUAUUUGGACAAAGAUGAGUUGUACAAACACCUUAGAAAGGAUCAUUUCUUCUGUCACUUCUGUGAAAGUCUUGGAUCACAAGAAUUUUAUGAUGAUUAUCCGACACUGAGAGAGCAUUUCUUCACUGAGCAUUACCUGUGUGAGGAAGGAGAAUGUGCUAAUGCUCAGUUCACUAAUGCAUUUCGUUCCGACAUUGAUCUCAAAAGUCAUCAGGCCCAUGAACAUAGCAAAGCCCAGACCAAACUGCAGGCUAGACAGGAGAGAACCAUCAACAUUGAUAUCAAUCUUGUACCUAGACCAAACAGUAGACCACAGAGAGGACGGGAACCACGUAGGGAAGAGAAUGAAGAUGUACGGAGAGGUGGUCCCCGGCAUCAGGGUAACAGAGGCGCUCGUAGCAACAGAUACAACAAUACCUCAUACAGGGAGAAACAAGACAUGGAUCGUGCUAUUCAGGCUUCUCUCAGUACCAUGAAGGAUGAGGACAUGAAGAAGGACAAGUCUAAACAGAAAGCUGAAUCAUCGGGUUCCUCUGAGGACGAAUUUGCUCAUACUGUAGAGAACUUCCCUGCUCUCGGUGCUCAGCCGCAUGUCCCUGUGGAAAAUAAUCCACCUGUUGGUAAAAAAUCCCAGGCUCCUGUGUCUACAGUAUCAUCAACAGCUGUUUCCAGUACAACAACGGAUAGUAAACCAUCUUUAGCAGAUAGAUUUGCUAUGUCUAACAGUAUGUCUGUUCAACAUGGUGUUUUGAAUGACUUCCCAACAUUAAGUCCUAGAAGUGAUAGCCCUAAAAACGCUUUACCUCCAAAAGGACGUGGAGGUCAUUUUUCAUCAGCGUUUAUAGUGACUAAAACUGAAGAAGACUUUCCAGGUUUACCUUCUAGUAAUAAAUCCACAAAACCAAUGCAAGGAAGUUGGACACAGCCUGAGAAAAAAGUAAAUGUUAUACCUAAACCUAAUACUAAAAGGUCUAAUAAUCGACAUAAAGCUCCUACUGCAUAUGAUGUUAAUGACUUUCCAACAUUAGGUGCACCAAGUAAUAAAUCAAGUAACGACAAAUGGUUUAAUAAUGUUUUUACUGCACCAUCUAAAGUAACAAGUAACACUAAUAAUAAUAAUCAUAAAGAAAUGACGACGAAGGAAGUUUUAGAUCGUUUUAGUCCUGUUAAUGUACCUGAUUCUCCAAAAACUGAAAGAACUAAAAACAAGAAGAAGAAAAAGAAAGAAAAAGUAACAGAGAUUAAAAAUGAAGAAACUAGUAGUAGUGGUUCUUUAAAAGGGAAUUCUUCUUUGGAUGAUAUUGCUAGUCUUUUAAUUAAGUCUGAUAAAAAGGAAGAAAAGACACUUUCAAAAAAGGAGGAAUCUGUAGAAAAAACAAAUGAAAUUAGCAAUAAAGUGGAAUCAAAAUCUGAUAAAUCAAAAGGCAAGAAAAAGAUAGACAAGAUAGAGAAAAAAAUGGAAACGGAGAAGGAAGUGCUCAAUAUAGCAGAACUGAAAAUAUCUGAUCCUGAUGUACAGGAUGUACAGCCACGGCUUGUUAAGUUUGCUGUUGCUGAUGAGGAUUUCCCAGUCCUUGGGUCAAAAAGUCCACCAAAGAAGCCUCCUCCAGGAUUUAAGCAAGAAGAACCAGUUAAAUCAAGUGCUCCACCAGGAUUUUCAAAACCAGUGAAUACCAAUAACAAGCCUCCACCAGGAUUCGGAUCUCAGAAUGUGUCUGGAAACUUCAAGAAUGGCAUUGUGGAAGAAAAAGUUUUGCCUAUGUCUGUAGAUAUUGAAAAUUACCAGUAUUCCCAACCUGAUGGCUUUCAGGAAAGGAAUCAGUUGCUUAUAGGUACAGUAAAGUCAUUCUGUGCAGCAGACUCGAUGCAGUUUCCAGACUUCAAAACACUGUCUGGUGAAUUUAGGCGUUCUGAAAUAACAUCCGCUCAGUAUUACAACAGAUGCUGUGACAUUCUAGGUAAAGACAAUUUCUUAGAAGUAUUUCCAGAGUUGCUAGCCCUGUUACCAGACAUUGACAAACAGCAGGAGCUUCUUACAGUGUACUUGCAGUCAGAAUGUAUGAAGAAAGAUGACAAAAUGCUGAAAAUCAGCGGGAAAAGUAAGAAUGCUAAAGGUGCUUGGAUGAAGACUCAGUCAGGAUUUUUGACAUGCCAGACCUGCAGACAGGUGCUCACGAGAAGAGACUAUAACAGCCAUAUGACAUUACACAAUAUAGAUUCAGACUUUCCCUCACUUGGUGUUGGCCUGGGUCCUAGUCAAAAAGUUGCUGCAGGUGGAGCCUGGGUCAAAGCCAAGUAAACUGAUAGAUUUAAAACUUUGUAAUCAGGAAUUAUAUGCAAAACAGAAACUGUGAUAGUGUGUUUGUAGUUUUAUUACUUUUUAAGAAAGGAAUGUUUUAGUUCUCAUUUUUGAUAUGCAGUACAGAAAAAAGAUAACCUGUAGAAGCCAGUCAGAAAAAAUCUCUUAUGCAAGAGGUGUUUCUAGUUCAAAGCUAUUUGUUACUUAAACUUACUUUAUUUUUAACAAAAUCGAGGGCUCAACGCGAAACUAGUCUAAGUGUAUAUAGAAAUAGAAGCAGAUAGACUAGUUUCGUGUUGAGCCCUCAUUAAUGUGAUACUGAACAGUACAGUUCAUUUUAUUGUAAAGUGGGGUUUUUUUUUCAAAUCUUAAUUAAAAAAUAAUUUCACAUUGCCAUUUGCUAACAAAACUAUCUGAUUAAACGUGUUAAAAGGCUAAAUUUCUUGUGAUUGAAACUUGCUUUUUGAAAAAGCUCAACACAUAUUUUUUAUCUGAAUAUCUGUGUUGAGUUUCAUAAUGUAGCUGCAGUGUUUAUUAUUGUAGAUUAUUAUAAAAUUAUUUACAGCUCGCUAGUGCUUUAUUUGUAUAAAUUUAGAUUGGCAAUCUUUUGAAUAUUUAAUUUUUGUUCUGUAUUUUUAUGCCUUAAUAAUGCAGAUUCCAGGAGGCAUAUAUAAAGUGUUUGAACUGUCCAUCUCUUAUUUCAUCUGUCACACUUUCUUGUGUACUCGGCUCGUACAAUUUUCAUCCAAUUCAGGGGUCACACUGGGAAUUUUUUUCUCUGAGCCACUGCUUUUUCCUAAGAUAAAAUUAUGAGGCCAACAUCGGCGAAGCGCAUAGCAUUGACGUUCUUGUAGGACUACAUUAUAUGUACCAAAGUACUCAUACUACUCAAGAAAUUAAUGUAUACAUAUAUAUAGUUAUUACAUAUUUCUUAGUAACCCUUUAAAAAGCUUUUUAGAAAAUCGAUUUGUGUUAAUUUCUAAAAUUAUCAUUUUUAUAAACAUCUGCCAUUUAAUAAAAAAAUUCUGAAAAUCACAUUUAAAAUAAAGAUGUUAAAAAAGAAAAAAAAAUGUUUAAAAAAAAAAUGUCUUAUUUUGCACAUUGCCUGUAAGUGGGUGGGGUUCGAUGCCUUCACAUGUUUUAUUCUCGAAAAUUACUUCAAAAUAAGAGCUCCUUUUGCAACAUUUGUCAUAUUUUUCUUAAAUGUAGACUGUUUAUUGGCUUUUAAUUAAGAUUGCACUAAAAAAUCUCGUCAGAAAUGACAGAAAUAUCCGAAAAUCAUGGUCGUGAAAACGGGUGACAAAUUCGGAAAACGUAAGUUAGAAUUAAAUAUUUGAUAAAAUACCUAUGUUUUAUUGCUUUUCUAUCAUCAUAGCUAUUCAAUACUUACAAUUUCUGCUUGUCUAAAGCAUUUUUAUUUGUUUUUGCCCAAACUAACCCUCGGCAAUCAUAGAAAAUUUGUCUAACGGCCGACUGCUCAUAAAAUCGUAUCAAGUGCACAAAAUGAAGAUUAUAAUUAUCCAGUUUGUUAUUCAAUAAUCUAAUUAUCACCAAUUAACUGCCUGAUCAAAUAAAAAAAUUGCAAAUUAGAUCCCUCCCUUUCAAUAACGGAUGUUGUGUCUACACAGAUUAUCGAUUUUUCACACCUUUUGGUUCGUAACACUGGCAAUAUUCGUAGUUUUGCAGACAGACAUAGCUUCGGGCCAUUUUCGCCAAUUAGAAAAUUUCGGAGCCACAUUUAAUUUUUUGUCGCAAAUGGCUCAAGUGGCGAUCGACAGCGUGACCCCUGCAAUUUAAAUAAAACAUCAGCAUGAAGUAGAUAUGCGCAUAUUUUUGGGACAGAUUAAUAUCUUUUUUUUUAGUUACACCCUUAGUUUGGACUAAGCCAUAUUACAUUUGUACCUUUUGUACUCGGCUUCUGCGAAGGUUUUAAACUUGGCAUGUUCCAAGGUUAAGGUCACCUUUGGACAUUUUUGGUUAUUUUUUUGUCUGGUCUGUAACUUCUUUAUAUUACAAGACAUUGUGUUUUUAUAUCAGUUUUCCCACUAAUUUAAAAAUGCAAACUAAAUAAAAAUGCAAACCCAGGCACAAGUUAUAACUUAAUGGUAUAUAUAGGUAAAUGCAGCAUUACUAUGGUUGCAGAACAUUAGGUUGAUAUGUAGUGCAGCUCUGCAUUGACCAACAGUAGAAUUAAUUUUUUCUAAUGUGUAACUUUUAAACAAGUUUUUAUGCCCCCGAAGGUGGGCAUAUUAAAAUCGCACUGUCCAUCUGUGAGUGAGUCCUUGCGUCCGGUACGUUCUUGUCCGGGCUGUAACUCUUUCAUCCGUAAAGGGAUUUUGAAAUAACAUAGCAUAAAUGUUCACCAUAAUGAAACGACGUGUCAUGCGCAAGACCCAGAUCCCUAGCUCCAAGGUCAAGGUCACACUUAGAGGUCUAAGGUUAACAUGGUCUGUUUCGUGUCCGGUCCAUAACUCUGCCAUCCAUGAAGGGAUUUUGAAACAACUUGGCAUAAAUGUUUACCAUAAUGAGACGACGUGUCAUGCGCAAGACCCAGACCCCUAGCUCCAAGGUCAAAGUCACACUUACAAGUCAAAGGUUAACGGUAUGUUUCGUGUCCAGUCCAUAACUCUGCCAUUCAUUAAGGGAUUUUGAAAUUACUUGGCAUAAAUGUUCCUCAUAAUGAGAUGACGUGUCAUGAGCAAGACCCAGACCCCUAGCUCCAAGGUCAAGGUCACACUUAGAGGUCAAAGGUUAACAUGGUCUGUUUCUUGUCCGGUCCAUAACUCUGCCAUUGACGAAGGGAUUUUGAAAUUACUUGGCACAAAUGUUCCCUAUAAUGAGAUGAGGUGUCUUGUGCAAGACCCAGACCCCUAGCUCCAAGGUCAAGGUCACAGAAGUCAGAGGUGUUUCUUGUCUGGUCCAUAACUCUGCCAUUUAUCAAGGGAUUUGAAAAUAAUUUGACACAAAUGUUAACCAUAUUGAGAGAUGUGUCACACUUAUGACCGAGGCCUCUUAGUUCAAGGUCACAAAAUGAUACGUGAUUUUUUGCGCAUACAACUGACAUUCUUGGGCCUACUUCGGGGGCAUUUGUCACCAAUAGUGACAGCUCUUGUUAGUUCUACAAAAAUGUCAUGCAUUUCAUUUGUUUAUUAGUUACCUCCCUUUGAUAUGAUAAAAUGUUUCAUUAUAAUUAUGUCUCCCCCAGGAGACAUAUUGGUUUUUGCCCUGUCCGUCCGUCCGCCCGUCCGUACGUCACACUUCAUUUCCGAGCAAUAACUGGAGAACCAUUUGACCUAGAACCUUCAAACUUCAUAGGGUUGUAGGGCUGCUGGAGUAGACGACCCCUAUUGUUUUUGGGGUCACUCUGUCAAAGGUCAAGGUCACAAGGGCCUGAACAUUGCAAACCAUUUCCGAUCAAUAACUAGAGAACCACUUGACCCAGAAUGUUGAAACUUCAUAGGAUGAUUGGUCAUGAAGAGUAGAUGACCCAUAUUGAUUUUGGGGUCACUCCGUCAAAGGUCAAGGUCACAGGGGCCUAAACAUUGAAAACCAUUUCCGAUCAAUAACUAGAGAACCACUUGACCCAGAAUGUUGAAACUUCAUACGAUGAUUGGUCAUGAAGAGUAGAUGACCCCUAUUGAUUUUGGGGUCACUCUGUCAAAGGUCAAGGUCACAGGGGCCUGAACAUUGAAAACCAUUUCCGAUCAAUAACUAGAGAACCACUUGACCCAGAAUGUUGAAACUUCAUACGAUGAUUGGUCAUGAAGAGUAGAUGACCCCUAUUGAUUUUGGGGUUACUCUGUCAAAGGUCAAGGUCACAGGGGCCUGAACAUUGAAAACCAUUUCCGAUCAAUAACUAGAGAACCACUUGACCCAGAAUGUUGAAACUUCACACGAUGAUUGAUCAUGAAGAGUAGAUGACCCCUAUUGAUUUUGGGGUCACUCCGUCAAAGGUCAAGGUCACAGGGGCCUGAACAUGGAAAACCAUUUCCGAUCAAUAACUAGAGAACCACUUGACCCAGAAUGUUGAAACUUCAUAGGAUGAUUGUACAUGCAAAGUAGAUGACCCCUAUUGAUUUUGGGGUCACUCCAUUAAAGGUCAAGGUCACAGGGGCCUGAACAUUGAAAACCAUUUCCGGUCAGUAACUUGAGAAACCACUUGACCCAGAAUGGUGAAACUUAAUAGGAUGAUUGGUCAUGCAGAGUAGAUGACCCCUAGCGAUUUUGGGGUCACUCUGUGAAAGGUCAAGGUCACAGGGGCCUGAACAUGGAAAACCAUUUCCAAUCAAUAACUUGAGAACCUCUCGACCCAGAAUGUUGAAACUUAAUAGGAUGAUUGUUCAUGCAUAGUAAAUGACCCCUAUUGUUUUUGGGGUCACUCCAUUAAAGGUCAAGGUCACAGGGGCCUGAACAUUGAUAACCAGUUCCGAUCAAUAACUUGAGAACCACUUGACCCAGAAUGUUGAAACUUCAUAGGAUGAUUGAACAUGCAGAGUAGAUGACCCCUAUUGAUUUUGGGGUCAGUCAAUUAAAGGUCAAGGUCACAGUGGCCUGUUCAUGUAAAAUCAUUUUUUGGAAAUAACUUGAGAACCACUUGACCUACAAUGUUGAAAUUUAAUAGGAUGAUUGGACAUGCAGAGUAGAUGACCCCUAUUUAUUUUGAGGUCACUUGAUCAAAGGUCAAGGUCACAGGAGCAUGAACAGUGACUUGAGAACCACUAGGCCAAGAGUGUUGAAAUUUAGUGGGAUGACUGGACAUGCCAAGUAGAUGAUCCCUAUUGCAGCCAACCAUCAGUGUCUCUUUGACUUUCGCUCCUGACCCCUAUUGACUUCUUGCCUACAGGACUUUGCAUUGGGGGAGACAUGCGCUUUUUUACAAAAGCAUUUUCUAGUAUUCUUAUUCAUUUUUCCUUACCAAUUUAAAAAUAGAAUCACAUUAAAUUGUUGACAUACAGAUACUAGCAUUUGAAAGCAUUCACCUAUUGUACAUUUCCAGACAUUUUCAAACUUCAUAAUGUCUUUAUGAAUGAUAAGCUAUAUAGUUAUGACUUUCAUACAGUGUUAGUAUGUUGCCCUAUUAUUUAGAAGAUGCAGUAUUGGCAUGCAGUAUGUUUUGUGAAAAAAUGCCCUUAGGUGGGGGACAUUGGAAACUCUUGUUACAAAUUCUUGUUGUACCAAAGACAGUGAUAAACCAAACAUUUUGAUAGUUAGUUUUCUGAUUUACAGUCUUCGCAUCUAGUAUAAAUAGCAAAAAAUUGCAAUCCCUCUCUUCUGGCCAACUACAGCUUUGUGAAUAUUACUAAAAAAAUAUUAAGGGCAAAUGUAUCAAAUAUUUGAUACAUAGAGACUUGGAGGAUCUUGCUUGAGUGUCUUUGAAGAUAUUAAGAGUUGAAUAAAUUAACAAAUUGUAAGCCCCUUACUGUUUUUAUUUGGAGAACGGUUUUAUAAGUCCAAUAUCAAAAGACACUAAUGUAAGAUUCUUUUGCUAAAACACUAAAAACAAGAAUUUCUUCAUUCUUUAUCUAAUAUAGGCAAGGUCUGUUUGACUAACAUAAUAAUUCAGUGUCAAAAAUACAUGACAUAGCAUACUUUUUGUUAGCUCACCUGAGCAGGAAGUGCUCAAAGGUUAGCUUUUGUGAUCGCCCUGUGUCCGUCGUCCAUCUGUCGUCCAUUGUCAGCCGUCCUUUGCAACAAUUUGACUGUUAACACUCUAGAGGUCACAAUUUUGGCCCAAACUUAAUGAAACUUGAUCAGAAUGCUACCCUCAAUAAUAACUUGGACGAGUUCGAUAUUGAGUCAUCUGGGGUUAAAAACUAGGUCACCUGGUCAAAUCAAAGGAAAAGCUUGUUAACACUCUAGAGGUCACAUUUUUAGCACAAUCUUAAUGAAACUUGGUAAGAAUGUUACCCUCAAUAAAAUCUUGGACGGAUUUGAUAUUAGGUCAUCUUGGGUCAAAAACUAGGUCACCAGGUCAAAUCAAAGGAACAGCUUGUUAACACUGUAGAGGCCAGAUUUAUGACUGUAUCUUCAUGAAACUUGAUCAGAAUGUUAAUCUUGAUGAUCACAAGGUCCGGUUUGAAUCUGGGUCAUGUAGGGUCAAAAACUAGGUCACCAGGUUAAAUCAAAGGAAAAGCUAGUUUACACUGUAGAGGCCACAUUUAUGACCAUAUCUUAAUGAAACUUGGUCAGAAUGUUAAUCUUGAUGAUCUAUAGGUCAAGUUCAAAUCUGGGUCAGGUGGGGUCAAAAUCUGGGUCAUUAGGUCAAAUCAGAGGAAAAGCUUGUCAACACUCUAGAGGCCACAUUUAUGACUGUAUCUUCAUGAAACUUAGUCAGAAUGUUUAUCUUGGUGUUCUUUAGGUCAAGUUCGAAUCUGGGUCAUGUCGGGUCAAAAACUAGGUCACUGGGUUAAAUCAAAGGAAAAGCUUGUUAACACUGUAGAGGCCACAUUUAAGACUGUAUCGUCACGAAACUUAGUCAGAAUGUUAAUCUUGGUGAUCUUUAGGUCAAGUUCGAAUCUGGGUCAUGUCUGGUCAAAAACAAGGUCAACGGGUCAAAUCAAAGGAAAAGCUAUUUAACACUUUAGAGGCCACAUUUAUGAGCAUAUCUUAUUGAAACUUGGUCAGAAUGUUAAUCUUGAUGAUCUUUAGGUCAGUAGGUCAGGUGAGCGGUACAGGGCCUUUAUGGCCCUCUUGUUUUAAUUUUUUGUAAUUACAGAAAGACUUAUCAAUUUUGAAUUUAACUUCAAAUGUGUGGCAGUUGUAAUUUUUGCACUAUAUGAGAUCUGUAGAUUAGUUUGUUUUCCUGUCAUGGAUUUGUUGUGUGUUACAUACUGGAAUUGUUUCACAUCAAUAAAAUAUUUAAACAUAA